GCCGGGUUAGUUAGGUUCUUUCAAUUGAUCAAGUAACAUCGUACAUGAAGAGAAGCAAAAAGCGCAGAAGAGAGAAAUCAGAGUUUUAUCUGAACUUGGCAGUUUGAGUCAGAAGAAGCACAGAAAGAGAAACCUACUACACAGAAAAUCAACAAGAGAGUCACGAAAGGAACAAGAGAGUCGCUUUUUUGUCACCGUCUUUAAAUGAGCAAAGUACACACAACGUUGAGUUAUUUUGUAAAUUUUAUCAUUAUUUAGUAAUUAAACUAACUAGUAGACUCUUAACAAAUUGUCACCAAAAGUUACAAAGUUUUUGUCUGUGAAAGAGAACAAAGCUGGAGGAAGCAAAUCAACAACGAGAUUCUCGUGUGAUAGUACUGAAAAAGCGCAGCUGAGUUCGAAAAAAGCCAUCAGAAGCAGAAACCGACAGCAGUAGCAAAGGCACUAUUCCGCGAGAAGAAAAUCGAUGAAUAUCGAAAACAGUGCGAGCCAAAUUGCGGAAGCGAGCAAAGAAUUUUUUUUACAAGUUAUGCUUGUCGUACGGAACUGAUAUACGUGAAACACAAUCCUCUUCGCAAAGUAAUGCUUAGGAUUUUCAAAUUUUGCCCGACAAAUACAAAAAGUUGAAAAUCAAUUGGAGCAACAAACCGCAUCAACAACAACAACAACCACAAAAAAUACAAAUGAAGAGUAGAUUAUUUAACACGAGUAAAAAGUAAUAUUUAAAAAUUACAAGUUAAUAAAAAGAAAGUGAUAAUCAAGUGCUGUGAAUUACAAAUAAUAAAUUUUAAUCAUAAGCUAAAGUUAAGAGCUUACACAAAAAGAGAAGCAUAAAGGAAGAAAAGUGGAAAACAACAAGUCAAAUAAUAAUCGGAGAAAAGGAAAAAGUCAAGCAUAGCGCAUCCGAAGAGAGCGAGAAAAAAAGUUGCAAAUCGCGAGCAAGCCACCAGUGAAGCAAAUUGCUCCUUGUAUUUAUGAGUGCGAAUUUUGCUGCCAUCGACGAUCUGGUUGAAGAGUUUCUGAAAAUGGAACUCAUUUCCGUUCCCCCAUAUCCAGGCCAAUUGGGUUAUCUAGGAUCAAACAAAGUCAACGAUUUCCGUACACCGUUGAUGCCGAUACCGGCAAAUAGUAAUAAGAACGCCAACCAACGCCAUCAUCAGUCACAGCAGCAGCAGCAGCUGGCGGGCAGUCAGCCGGUCAGCCAGCGAAAUCACCAUCACCACCACCACCAUCACCACCAUCAGGCGUCGCAGGAGAACAGUCAGCCGCUGGAGCCGGCGACGAUAGCCCUCACCGCGUCACCCCAUGAGGAUGCCCUGCAAGCACUGUCCGCCCGGCUCGAGUCGGAACUGCGCACUGCCAAACGGCGGCAUUUAGCAUGUACCGAAGUAUUACUCCCGGCCGACCUGCUGCCCCGGAUAGCUUCGCAGAUGUUCGAACUGUCCGAGAAGGAACCGUGCGGCAUCCGUGGCUGCACGGUCUACAUCGAGUUCGAGGACGAGCCGGACAAUAGCAGACGGAUCGCCACCAUGAAAACCGAUCCCACGACAGUAUCCACCUUCGAAUUGUAUCUCACUCUUCGGCAAGACAGAAGCGGCUGGACCUCGAUCCUGCCACAGUUUCUCAAAAAUUUGGCUCGUGGCAGUACAAUUAUGAUCAGUCCGGAGUUUGCACUGACCAAGAACAAGCUCUAUCACGCCUACUCGGACUAAGUCACCGUCGCCGCUUCUUUGACCAACUGCACGCGUGCCCCCCCGGCUGACUGACGGGGGGCUCACUACAAAAAGGUAGGAACGAAUUUUCCAACUCUUUCCAACCGCAAAACAAAAUCUAUCUGUGAGAAACAAACAAGCGAAAGUCAACCACCCCGGAUUUGGGAUCGCACGAUUCCAGCGAACAUACGGGGGAGGUCCCGAAGUUGGGCUACGCUGGGCUGCGACACAAACGCUCUAAUUUUUUAAGUAUUUUAUAAAUAUUUAAAAUUGUGGCCGGUGGCGAUACAAAUUAACAACAAAAAACAAACAAACACAAACCAAGUGAUCGUUUAUGUGUAGAUGACGCUAACAAAGCAAAACAAGUAUAAAUGUAGCCAGCGAAAAAAAAAAUGAAAUCUCUCUCAUCUUUUUUAAUUUUUUGUGUAUAGCCAACAUCGUGAAAAACAAAAAAAAAAUGUUACAAAGAUACAACAAAUUCGUCGCCAUUGUGAAAGUUUUGAGUUAAGGAAAUGUAAACAAACAAAACAAAAAAUCAGCAGGACAAAAAAUGUGUACAGUUGGACGGACAGUCAGAACAUCGAUUAGAAUCUUUUCGUUUCGUUGUCGGUGUUGAGCGUACAAAAACAAAAAAAAAAAGAGUAAAGGAAGCCUUGAACGAAUACAAUGCUGAACAUAAUUACACACAAAAACAAAUCGUAGUAGUCGUCGUCGUCUUACACAUAUGCAAGCAAACACAAGUGUAGGUAUGAUUUUUUUUUUCUAAUUGAAACGAUUUUGUGAUGAUUUCCUAGUGAUUUUCAAAUUGCGCCCCGCAAAGCGCCCCCUGAAAGGGCAGUUCGCCCUUUUGUAUUUACGGGGGGUGCUUGGCGUGGCAUGUUAAGUUUUUCUCUCGCCUCGAAUGUGAAGGGAAGCAAUCAAUCAAUAGAAGUUUACACCGUGAUCGAGGUGCAAGCAAAUGGCAACCUUCUAACUUUUUUUUUUUUAAUUUGGUUUGGCUCUAGGAUUUUAUUUUUUUUUUUCAAAUUGAAUCCCGAAUUGAUGGAGUUGUCAUCUUUUCGGUGAACCACUUUUUUUUUUAGAACUCUCCCGAUUCGAUUGGAUACUAUAUUUGGAAAACAAGAAUUUGGUGCAGAAUGUUCCUACGAAGCAAAAUUUCUUUUCAAAAUUUGCAAGAAACGUCAAAAUCAAAACAAACGAAGGAAAAAUAGAACGUGCGCGCGGGGAGACGCAGGGUCGAGUGGGGGGUUGGGAGAAAAAAAAACGAAGCAAACCGAUAAAGCAUUUGUGAGUUAAUCUUUUUAAGGCAGUUUAAAGGCUAAGGAUGAAGGAAGCAGGAAGCAUAUUUUUCGAAGGGAAGAUUUUUUCCGUGUCUCGUUUUUUGUCUCUGUGUAUCUAUUAUCCAUUAACGAUUAUUAGAUGAUAGGAACGUCGAAGAAGGUGAAGAGGAAGAAGCGAAAGACGAAUACAACUUGUUUAUCAUUUGUGAUAUUUGCGCUAAUUAGGGAUGCAACUCUUUUGUUUUAGUUUGUUUUUUAACGAUAUAGAAUGCUAGAAUCCACAACAAAACAGGAACUUUAGGGGCCGACCUUUUUUCUUUUUUCUUCUGCAAACUUCGAUAAGUUGAUCUCAGAGUUAAAAAUAAUCGAGUAGUAGUAAUAAUAAAUUAUCCGCGACACAAGCAAAGUUUAAUCAAUAGGAACCAACAGCUUUUCGAUUUUCGCAAUCACUGAUCUCCGAGGGAACCAGAGAGAAUUCGUUUUUCUGAAGUGCUCCGUUUUUUUUAUUCACAGCAUAACAAAGAAGCUAGAGAGCGCCGCGAGAAAACAAAACCACUCAUACUCACUCACUUAUGCGCAUUCAAUAUAUCAAAUUAGAACUCGUAUAUCAAUUAUCAAAAAAACCCUCCUUUCCUACUGUAUGGUCGUAAAGCAAAAAUAAACACACACACACACACAACCAAAUAGACGCGAAACGGUUUUCACACUUGCACACGCAAACAAAGUAAAACAGAAACUGAUCUUUUAUUAUUACUAUUGCAACUGUCAUUGUUUGUUUCAGCGAAACAAUAACAAUAUAUUAAACAAAGCAAAACAUAGAUAUCGAUAUGUGUCUGUAGUAGUUAUCAACAAAUCAUUAAUCAUAAUCGUAUAGAUCGUGGCUAAAACAAAUCAACAACACAAUUGCUCUCGAAAUUUUCCGGACCUUUGUUGAUACCGCAUUGAAACAGUUAAAAAAAAAACAUUUGACCGGAAAUCGGAUAAGCCCUUUCGAAUAGCCCCCGUAGCAUGACAGUGAUCCCACGUCCGCCAGGGCUUAGGAACAAUCAGUCUGUUGGACUGUUUUGCAAAAACAAAAAUCCACUAAAGUAAACUUGAUCAGCUGAAGAACUCACCCACCUUUCUUUUCUUCUUUUCGAUCGCAUCGGUAAACAGUGAAGCGUGAAGUGUUCUUCCUAAAACCUGUUUGCGAGCGCUUGGGAUCGUAGUCGCGCUCCGAGGGCGGCCGUUUGCGGCCAAUCGCUUUCCGAUGGUUUUUGAUUUUCACUUUUUCGGUUUUAACCUUCGUUGGAAAUCUGAAUUUGAAAGUAGACACAUAAACACCCGCGGAAAUUUGAAACAAUAAAUGAUAAAAGAAUGGAUUAAAACGUGAUUAGGAUGUAAGGGCAAAAUUUAUAUUUAAAACUGAAGAAAGCGAAAUUAUUAUUACCGUAAAAAAAAAAAACUGGAAAGUGAAAUGUUUGAUACAAAAAAAUAUUGUGUGUGUGUUUUUCUAUAUUUAUUAAAUAUAUAUCGUAAAAAAAAACAAAAUAACUAUAAAAACAACUAGGAUUUUCAAAUUUAAAAUAAAUAAUUACAAAACAAAACAAAUUUUUAAACAACAAACAGCCCACAAAAAACAAAACAAACCAACCUUAACGAGAUCAACAAACAAACAAAAACCACAAGUCUACGAUUGCUUUUCCUUUUUAGAAAUCCGUACUAGGAAAACAGAUAACAUAAUGCAAACCAAACGCGAGUCAAUUUUACUUUCCUAUCGAUCGAAUCCCACACAUUAGACAUUACAACUCGUUCCGAAUCUUUCAUGAAAAAAAAAACAAAUAAGAAAAAGCAAAAAAUAUAAUAACGAUAACAAUUUGUUCGCGUAGACUUUGACAGCGACAUCUUUUUUUUUUCUCCUCCAUCGGCCAUCGCUUGCUUUGUCGUUUCGCUUUUUGCGAUCACGCGACGGCACCGUGCAUUCGUUUGUGUGCGUGUGCCUGGCCGCGAGCAAAACGUGACAGCUGUACAGCAAGCGUCGAAAAGCGGACGCCCGAUGGAGAGAGCAAAUGAAAACAUCUCGUUCUACAAAAUUUCUCAAGAAAUGUGAUACGAUCUUAGUUGAACCAAUAAAUAACACUAAUCUAAUGAACUUAAGAAAGCGGAAGCGAAAUCCAUAUCCCAGAAUUUGUAGCGCGGCUGCCGGCGUCGAUUGAACGCGGACCGCGAAGGAAAACGAAAAAAAAAAAUAUAUUGAAAUACAACACAAACUAUUGCAAAACAAAAACAAAGGAAACGUAAAAAUACUGUAUGUAUGUAAUAGUAGUUUUUCGUAUACUUAUCAAAACAAAACGAGGAAAGCAAACAAAAAAUAGUAAAAAAAAAAAUCAUAAACAAAAUAUCAUAUAAACAUAAAAAAAAAAUCCACAAAAAAAAAACUAUUUUUUGGUUUCGUUUUGACAAUUUUUGUGGAGUUUGGUGCCGUCCCUCGGGAUUUUUUCUCAACACAAUCGCGCAAGGGACGGUCCACCGCUCCAGCCGAAAUCUGUUUUUAAUUUCCCUUGUAUUAGUAGUACUAGCGGAAGAGACAAGCACAACGUGAUCAAGUAAUGUUAAAAUAAAAAGAGGACUAAAAACCUUACAGCAACAAAAAAAAAAAAACAAUGCUAAAUGUUUGUAUAUGUGUACCGAUACAUACAUAUAUUCAGAACAAAAAAAAAACUAUACAAAUCUUUGUAGACUGUUAAGGAUUUAAUCUCGUUCAUAUCCACAGCAGCAGCGGUAAACAAUACAAAACAGAACAUUUACACAAUAAAAUAUCUGGAAAAGUAAAAAAAUAAAUAAACAGUAGGAACCUUUUGGAUUGAUACACACUUUCACAUUAUGCAUCAUCAGUUUUUGACAGCUUCUCGGAGAUCAAAACAGCAACAACAACCGCGUAUUUCUCUCGGCUCUGAAAAGUAGUUUAGCUUUGCUCGGCCUUGCGCAGCUCGCAGGAUACAGAAAGGAAAACCGAUCGUGUACAAAUGUAACGGAUAAUAAUUGUUAAUCAGUUUUUUUUUUUUUUUAUUAUUAUUAUUACUAUUAUUAGCUAGGACUAGUAGGAUUUACUAAGUAAUUGCAAACAAAGCGCGAGCGCGACGGGCGAAGCGAUUCAGCUUCUGACGCUGCGCUCCGAUCUAGUAAGCGUGUGUGUCUAUUCGAAAAAAAUAAAUUAAAGCGUGGAGCGCCUCGAUUACUACAUAUUAUAGGCUAUAUCUGUAUGUAUAACCUACAAAAUGAUACACAAACAACAUACACACACACACACAUACACAAACCUCGGCUUCUGAGAGAGCAAGAGUAAGCAAGCUUCUAUUUUGAAGAUAUUAACGACGAUAAUGUUUUGUUUUUGAUUUCGAAAAACGAAAAUGCGAGAGCGAAUUUCAUCAUUUAUUUUGAUUGUAAGUGUGAUCUUAACUGUAGUGUUUUUUUGUGUCAAUUUUUUAAAAGCCCUAUUUUUAUUUUUUUGUCUUAUCGAAUUCCGAAUACAAACAAACACAAAGUCAUAGUCAUUUGUUUUUAUUUUUACUAUGUUAUUUAGUCAUGUUCAUUUUUUUUUUGUUUUUUUUUUACAUAAAACUAUUUACAUUUAAGUCGAAUCAAGCAUACAAGAAUUUUCUCUCAGAUUAAGGAAGAAAACUCUAAUCGUGAUAUUUGUGAUUAAUAAGCGAGCGCUAGAGCGUGAGCACGAGCAAAGCAAACGAAGCAGGCGAAGAAGAGCGAGAGAAAGAUAUACAAGUGACAGCGCGCGUGUUUCAAAGGGAAGCUGACAGCGCACGAUUUGAUCUAUUUUGUCCCCCCUUCAAAGUAUACAUUUUUCGUUCUCUCAUUUAACGUGUCCCAAAGUUUGCCCCACUUUGUGGCAAACUUUGCUCCAAUAUAAUCAGUAUUUCAGUUCGCAGUUCGUUUGUUCUUUGCUUUUGUGUUUAGGUGAGGCGAUUUAGUUUUAUAAAAUCGAACCUUCUCCCA